AUGUCUCUUGUUUCCAGUCUAGCGCGGCUUAGUUUCUUGGAAAACAGCAGGGUCCUGUGUUUUCUCAGAACAUAUUUUCUCUGAAGUCUUGCUAGUUGAAUAAUGAAAGCUUUACGAAACAAGAAUACAGAAAUGUGUUAGAAGGUCAACAAACAAACAAUGGCAGGGACUGGAUCAGCAAGCACCAAAAUUUUUCUCCCUUCAACACUUACUCCUCCAACUCCUACACCUAAGACCAUUCCUAAGCCAGCAGGAGCACCAGGCUCAUCUGCUUCCUUUAACUUGGGAGAUGAUCAGAAAAGAUGGCUUGUAACUGGUAUUUGUCUCAACAAAGUCCUCCUACCAGCUUUACGAGAUUUCGUUGAACCAGAAAUGAUCAAGCAUUACACUCAUCUGAGAACUACCCAAAAUAUUGACAAGCAAAAUCACGCAAAACACUUACUUAAAGAUGGAAAGUGCAACAGUUUGAAUUAUGGCAGCAUCAACAACAAUGAAGUAACACACAGGAAGAAAACCAAUCUUUACGACUACGAUGUCAAAUCUGCAGUUGACUUGGCUAAGCUGUACUUGCAGCCUUUCAUGGCUAAAUUCACAGGUUUUGACGAUACUUGUGAUUUAUCUGCAGUACUUGGUAUUCUCUCUUCUGCUAGUGUAUUUUCUACUGCAGUUCAACUGUCAUCCAGUGAUGUCCGGAAAGACGUCAGGAACGAAUGGGCACAUUGUAACUUUGGGCACUGGAAUGGAACAAAGUUUGCAAAGUGCUUCCAACAGAUGGAGUCACUUGUACGAGCUCUAAACUUGUCUAAAGCUGAAGAGAAGCGAAUAACUGAUCAGCUACAAGACUGGGAAACAAAAGGUUUACAACUUUGUAUGGGUAACAUCGUGGACGCAGAUCUGGUCAAGUUUAUCGAGACAGAAGUUGCCCAGCUGAAUGAAAAUGUAAAACUUCUUGCAAAAAGCCAAGCAGAUGAAGCCCUUAGAGUAAGCAAUGGCUUGCAAAGUGUCCACGAAGCCCUUGAAGAAUACAAACAAGAGAUUGAGUCUUUGAAAGAAUCUCAGGAAAUUAUCAGCCGAAGAGUAGACGAAGUGGUUGAUAGCACAUCUGCUAUUGCUGAGACUGUAGGCUGUUUAAAAGAUGAUCAAGAAAAUCUUACUGUAAAAGUUGACAGUAUAGAGAAGAACCAAGACACACUAACAAAAAGAGUAGACGAAGGAGACGAAAAGCAUGCUUGCCUAGAAAAAAGGGUUGAGGUCUUGGAAACUGCAAUAGAAACAAGAAGCAGUCAAGAAGCAGUUAUUACUUUUGAAGCUCCCAAUCGUAUCCCGUGUUUCCAUGGUCGUGUUGAUGAGCUGGAAAUUCUAAACCAGCCAUUAGUGAAGAAAACUGCUCCAUGCAGUAUGACAGCUGUGUAUGGACUUGGUGGAACUGGCAAAACCUCWCUUGCUAUUGAACACAUUUGGAGGAACAAAGAUGUCUACAGUGGUGGUGUGUUCUGGAUAUCAGGUGAAAGUAAUAGUCUGUUUAAUCKUUCAAUGAGGGAAAUGGCUCGGCAGAUUGGGACGUUUGAUGAAGAUUUUCAAGAAACAUUGUCAAAAACAAUAAGUUGGCUACAGCAAAGAAAACAGUACUGGUGUCUGGUGAUCGACAACCUGGACGAACUUGAGCUUUCAACUGAAAUGUUGAAGCUUAUUGGCGGUCACUGGAAACGACAAGCUAAAGGACAUAUUAUAAUUACUACAAGAAGAGAGAAAAAUCUGCUAGAAGAAGAUAUUUGUGAUUUUUCAAAAGAAAGCUGCAUUGAGUUAAAAAAUCUUUCAGAAGCUGAAAGCAUUGAGUUUAUCAAGAUGAGAACUGGUAGAACAGGCASUCAAGAUGACGCAGUGAUUCUUGAGUUGGUUGUAGAGUUGGGAACCCUUCCUCUGGCUCUGGACCAAGCUGCAGCCUUUAUCAAGAACRAGAAGGAAAUAUCAUUCGUCCAAUACUUAGAUGAGUAUAAAAAGCAGAAGUUGMAGAUAUUAAAGAAAUCUAAAGCUCACCGUCCAGUCCAAGAUGACACGUCCAAGGACAGGAUUGCUGUGCAUACCACAUGGCAGUUAAACUUUGAAUAUGUGUCUAGGCUGUCCGAAGAAUAUGGUAUUGGUCAGGCAGCAGCUCUUGUUAUGGAGGUGUCCGCGUUCCUGUCGCCAGAUGAUAUCCCACGAGAGAUCAUCAACCAAGGCUUGCCUCCAGUAGAUAAUGAAGAUUUUAUAAAGUGUCUUUCCRCAUCAUUUGGAGUCACUKACAUAGUGAGUGUSUUGACCAAGUUCUCGCUGUUCCAGACAUUCACAGAUAACUCCUUCAGUGUCCAUAGACUUGUGCAAGAAGUGAUYAGAAGURGAAUCAGCCAAGAACACCUGAAAGAUGUCCUCCWGURUGCUUGUAGGAUGCUKUGUUAUGCGUUYSAUAACGCUACGUCACCGUUUGAWGUUUGUAAAAGUUUUGAAGGCGAUUCCGUUUUCAGCCAARAGAAUCUCCCUUCAUUACAUUUAUGGGGGAAACUUGGUGCUCAUGCUUCYGUMUUGCAGAAAUACAUGAUCCAGAAUUCUCAGAMGAAUGAUGCGCUUCRACAAGAAGUACUUUACACGGAAGAGUCUGCUAUGCUUCUCAACGAGGCCUCGCUGUAUUACAGCGUUUGUCAUCAGAAAGUUGAAGCAAUGGAACUUCAAGCUUCUAAAUUAAAGGUGAUCACACARUUAGAGGAACUKUSYAGUGAAAGACUAGAUCACUUUAGAUAUUUUGAUAUUCCGUUGAAAAGCGUUCAAUUCAAGCUAAUAUCCCACUGUAUGGCGAACCAGGAGAAAYCUCUUUCUAUAGAUGAAGAUGUAAGAAGUUCUUCCGAGAAUACAGAGGACAAUGUUCAAAAGGCAAACCAGUUGAGGGAAAAGGGUAACGAUGCUGUUAGACAACAAAACUACGACCAGGCAAUCAAUAUUUACACUGAAGCAAUAGAAUAUAACAAGGAUGAUCCUCGACUGUACAACAAUCGAGCUCAUUGCAAAUUGAUGCUAGAGAAACCAGAGGAAGCGUUACUUGACUGUGAGCUGUGUCUAAAGUUGGAGGAAAGGAAUGGUAAAGCAUUGAUGAGAAAAGCMUGGGCUUUGUACGAGAUUUCUAAAACACAAGGAGAAAAGCUGAAAGGAAAGAUGAGAGCAGCUGCUGCUUUUGCGGCAUAUGUGGAUCCAACAGCCAGGAAUGGAAAACGAUUCAAGGAGAUGUUUCCAAAUCUCAUAUUUGAAGAAAUCUUCAAUCCCUUGCAGUUAGCAGGAUCAUUUAUGCUUUCUCUCCCCGGCAUAACAUUACUUCUUCAUGAAGGAUAUUACGAGUUGCAUGGAACAACUAUCGAUAAAGACCUACAAUUUGUUGCUCUCAGCAAAGGUGUUAUUGUGAAAUUUCAGGCGUUACCCAUAUUGUUUUCAAGGUUUUACGCUGAAGGCAUAGUUUUUGCAAAAGAAAGUGGAGGAAUAAUGUGCCAAUUCAAGGGAACGAUGAAUCUCUUUAACUGCCAGGUAUCUGGUGGCUUUCGGGGCUGUAAAGAUUUUCCAGAUUGUAAUGGCGGACCUGGAUGUGUUGCUUCCAAGCUCGCUGGCCACAAGCCAUGUGACCGAACUGGUAAAUUUGGUGACCAUCUCGGCGAAAAAUCUGGUAUUGGCGGCAGUCCAAGUAUCUGUAUCACAGAAGGAAGCACUGGCCAUAUAGAGAACUGCGAGAUAACAGAUUGUGGUGGAGGAGGAAUCCUGURUCAAGGGGAUGGGUCUAGUCUGACAGUGAAAUCCUGUCGAGUGAACAGGAAUGGAAUGGCUGGACUUGAAGCUCGUGAAGGUGGUCGUCUUGUUGCUAUUGACAAUGAUAUCUAUGCUAAUAGAURCCAUGGCGUUUUGAUUGGUCCGUCUGCUGGCGAAUGCAAGGUUAUCAGUAACAGAAUAUACGAGAACUUCCAAGAAGGGAUCUUUGUUAUUCGCACAAAGGAUCAAGUUGUAGUCAACAGCAAUCGGAUCUACCACAACCUUGCCUUUGGAAUUUCCUUAGAGAGUUGUCAAGUAGAAGUCAAGGGAAACGARAUAUUUGAGAAUAAUUUCUAUGGCAUCAACGCCAAGACCUUGACCACAGCCAUCGUGGAGAACAACGAUAUUUACAGCAACAAGUGUGGUGGCAUUAGUAUCGGUGUCAACUUCUCAGGUCGUAUCGUUAUCAAGUCAAAUGUUGUUAGAGAUCAUAGUGGUCCUUGGAUUUUACAUGGAGAUAAUUCUUGUUCUCUACCAGGUUCAAUGGCCAGUUCAAACCCCGAUGCUACCGAAGGCCUUUUUUAUCUCCCAGAAGGUGAGACACGAAUUUAUACGUUACCUCCGACUGUGGAAGGUAACGAAAUAAGGAACAACAAAGACAAAGCUUUUCACCCAAAGGAAAAGAUAGAAUCAGUUCAAAGCCAAUGUGCUUUCUGCCGUAGCUCCAANACAAGAAGUACUUUACACGGAAGAGUCUGCUAUGCUUCUCAACGAGGCCUCGCUGUAUUACAGCGUUUGUCAUCAGAAAGUUGA